GCGCCGCGUCCCCGCCGGGGGGCGCGCGCACGGCGCGUGCUGACGCGUUGCGUGCGCGGAGCGGGGAGUCGGGUUCAAAGGAGGAAACAUGGCGGAAAACAAAGGAGGCGGCGGCGGCGGGGAGGGGGCUGCCGAGGCCGGGCCGGGCGGAGGCGGCGGCUUGGAGCCCAUGGCCGCCUCCCCCUCCGCCGCCGUGCCGCCCGAUGAACGCGAGAGCCCGGGCGCGGUGGCGGUGGCGGCGGCGGAGCGCGCCCUGGGGGAGGCCGAGGCCGAGGCGGCGGCGGCGGCGGUCGGGCCCGGUGUCGUUCCGGGGCCUGGCCCCAGCCCGGUGCCCCCGCUGACACCGGCGGCGCCGGGGCCUUUCUCGCUGCUGGACACCUGCGCGGUUUGCGCGCAGAGCCUGCAGAGCCGGCGUGAGGCCGAGCCCAAGCUGCUGCCCUGCCUGCACUCCUUCUGCCGGCGCUGCCUGCCCGAGCCCGAGCGGCAGCUCAGCGUGCCCGUGCCCGGCGGGGCCAACGGCGACAUCCAGCAAGUUGGUGUAAUCAGGUGCCCAGUAUGCCGCCAGGAAUGCAGACAGAUAGACCUAGUGGAUAACUACUUUGUAAAAGACACGUCAGAAACGCCGAGCAGCUCUGAUGAGAAGUCAGAACAGGUGUGUACAAGCUGUGAAGACAAUGCUAGUGCAGUUGGAUUUUGUGUAGAGUGUGGGGAAUGGUUGUGCAAGACUUGCAUAGAAGCUCAUCAGCGAGUAAAGUUUACUAAAGAUCAUAUGAUCAGAAAAAAAGAGGAUGUAUCUUCAGAGGCCGUGGGAGCAUCUGGUCAACGUCCCGUUUUCUGUCCUGUCCACAAACAAGAGCAGUUAAAACUUUUCUGUGAAACAUGUGACAGGCUGACAUGCAGAGACUGUCAGUUACUGGAGCACAAAGAACACAGGUACCAGUUCCUGGAAGAAGCUUUUCAGAACCAGAAGGGUGCAAUUGAGAACCUGUUGGCCAAACUUCUUGAGAAGAAGAAUUAUGUAAAUUUUGCAGCUACCCAAGUUCAGAAUAGGAUAAAAGAAGUGAAUGAAACUAACAAACGUGUAGAACAGGAAAUCAAAGUGGCUAUAUUCACCCUCAUCAAUGAAAUCAAUAAAAAAGGAAAAUCUCUGUUACAGCACCUUGAGAAUGUAACAAAGGAGAGACAGAUGAAGUUAAUACAACAACAGAAUGACAUCACUGGCCUUUCACGACAAGUGAAGCAUGUGAUGAACUUUACUAAUUGGGCAAUUGCAAGUGGCAGCAGUACUGCUCUGCUCUACAGUAAACGACUGAUAACGUUCCAGUUACGUCAUAUUUUGAAGGCACGUUGUGAUCCUGUCCCGGCUGCCAACGGAGCCAUUCGCUUCCACUGUGACCCCACCUUCUGGGCAAAGAACGUUGUCAAUUUAGGUAACCUGGUAAUUGAAAAUAAACCAACUCCUAGUUACACUCCCAAUGUAGUGGUUGGACAAGCUCCUCCAGGAACAAACCACAUCAGCAAAACUCCAGGACAGAUCAAUCUAGCCCAGCUUCGACUUCAACAUAUGCAGCAGCAAGUGUAUGCACAAAAGCAUCAGCAACUGCAGCAGAUGAGGAUGGCACAGCCAACUGGGUCAGUUCCCAGGCAGACGAGUCCCCAAGUCUUACAGCAGCAGCCUCCCAGGUUGAUCAGCAUGCAGACCAUGCAGAGGGGUAACAUGAACUGUGGGGCUUUCCAAGCACAUCAGAUGAGAAUGGCUCAGAAUGCUGCUCGUAUACCAGGAAUACCACGCCACAAUGGACCACAAUACUCCAUGAUGCAACCUCACCUUCAAAGACAACAUUCUAACCCUGGGCACGCGGGGCCUUUCCCAGUUGUUUCUGUGCACAACACCACUAUAAACCCAACCAGCCCCACGACAGCAACGAUGGCGAGUGCCAACCGUGGGCCGACGAGUCCGUCCGUUGCAGCGAUCGAGCUCAUUCCUUCUGUAACAAACCCAGAGAACUUACCUUCCUUGCCAGAUAUCCCACCCAUCCAGCUUGAAGAUGCUGGUUCAAAUAGUUUAGAUAACCUUCUAAGCAGAUACAUUACAGGCAGCCACCUACCCCCACAACCUACCAGUACCAUGAAUCCUUCCCCAGGACCUUCAGCGCUAUCUCCAGGGUCAUCAGGUUUAUCCAACUCCCACACUCCUGUGAGGCCACCUAGUACCUCCAGCACAGGCAGCAGAGGAAGCUGUGGCUCCUCGGGCAGAACUGCUGAGAAAACUAGCAUUAACUUCAAGUCUGACCAAGUGAAAGUCAAGCAAGAGCCAGGGACAGAGGAAGAGAUAUGCAGUUUCUCAGGAGCAGUAAAACAGGAGAAGACUGAAGAUGGCAGGAGGAGUGCUUGCAUGGACUUGACCUGUUGCUGUGGAUACAGAACACACCCAGACCUUCUUAGCAGUCCUGAGAGCAGCUUGACACCACCACUGUCAACUAAUUUGCAUCUGGAGAGUGAAUUAGAAGCUUUAGGAAGCCUUGAAAACCAUGUAAAAACCGAGCCAGCAGAUUUAAGUGAAAGCUGCAAACAGUCUGGACACAGCCUCGUAAAUGGCAAAUCCCCAGUGAGGAGCCUCAUGCACCGAUCAGCUAGAAUUGGAGGAGAAGGCAAUAACAAAGAUGAUGAUCCAAAUGAAGACUGGUGUGCUGUUUGCCAAAAUGGAGGGGACCUGUUAUGUUGUGAAAAGUGCCCAAAGGUGUUUCACCUGACUUGUCACGUACCAACACUCCUCAGCUUUCCAAGUGGAGAGUGGAUAUGUACAUUCUGCAGAGAUCUGAGCAAACCAGAAGUAGAAUAUGAUUGUGACAAUUCACAACACAGCAAGAAAGGGAAAACGGCACAAGGCCUGAGUCCUGUGGACCAAAGGAAAUGUGAACGUCUCCUGCUUUACCUGUAUUGUCAUGAGCUGAGCAUUGAAUUUCAAGAGCCAGUCCCAGCCUCGAUACCAAACUACUAUAAAAUUAUAAAGAAACCAAUGGAUUUAUCUACAGUGAAAAAGAAACUGCAGAAGAAGCAUUCCCAACACUACCAGACUCCUGAGGAUUUUGUGGCAGACGUCCGGUUGAUCUUCAAGAACUGUGAAAGGUUUAAUGAAAUGAUGAAAGUUGUUCAAGUUUAUGCAGAAACACAAGAGAUUAAUUUGAAGGCUGAUUCAGAAGUAGCACAGGCAGGGAAGGCAGUUGCAUUAUACUUUGAAGAUAAACUUACAGAGAUCUACCCAGACAGGACCUUCCAGCCUUUGCCUGAAUUCGAGCAGGAAGAGGAUGAUGGGGAAAUAACUGAGGACUCCGAUGAAGAUUUUAUACAACCACGUAGAAAACGCCUAAAAUCAGAUGAGAGACCAGUGCAUAUAAAGUAAUCUAAUGCUAUGGACCUAAAAUUUAUUGUACAAAAACUGUUAAUUUAAGUGUUCCUGGAAUAUUAUCAUGCCUACAGUGGCCAUCCUGAAGAAGCUGAUAGCUUUUUAAACAGUAUUAGAUUACAAAAAAAACCCACUUGUACAGAAAAACAUUCUCAUCAAAAGGGGAAAAUAAACUGUGUCGUAACUUU